AUGAACUCACAUCCCCUAAAGCUAAUAACAAGAAUAGACUUCAGACUUCACACAGACAAAAUGAUUACGCGCGCUGCUUUUAAUGUGGGCAUUAUUCCCACCGAUACUAAAACGUCUUCCUCUUCUUCGAGCUUCGCUCGUGGUGGUGCUGCUGCUGCUUCUCUCGCGAGACACAAAGAACAACACCAUCCCAUCACCGUCGUCAAACAUCACCGUCGUCAUCAUCAUCAUCUUCUUCGCGCGACGAAGAAGGGGGGCCCACAGAAGACAGAAGACACCAACAAAAGUAGCAGCAAAAGUACUAAUUUCAUCAAAUACCAAUCGAAACCGUACACGGAUAAAGACGGCGACAAUCCUCGUCCGUGGUACAUCGACGAAGCUUCGGGCAAAGCGAACGGAAUCGUCGUUAUCGUCGUCUUUUUAGCCUCGCAAGUGUUCAUAGGAACGGUGUUGCAACCGUUGGCGGUGUUUAUCAAUCAGCUGUGGGAACCCAUCGUCGGUGGGAAUUUGUAUUUAGACAACAUAUAUUGA